AUGUCGAGCUUGCUUCCCGUCCAAGUCUACGGACUCAAGGUCCCAGCUGGCGAUGUGAUGAUCCCAGCGAUCGCUGACUUUCCUGCCACUUUUCGUAUUACGAUGGCUGCCAUCGAUCCAAGCGCUUCGCCUGCACACACCGGUACUGUCAAUGGUGACACGAAAUCAAGAGCAACCUUGAAGCUCGUUUACGAUGCCAAUCCUGGACAGGAUUCAGACUCUGAUGAAGGGUCGGAUGAGGAAGAAGAAUACCUAAAAGCGUUAUUGGCAGGUCAUGAGUCUGACGAUGAGGAUGAAGACGAUGAAUCUUCAAGCGACGACGAGGAAAAGAACGGGGGUCCAAGCGAUCCAUCGAAGACUAAGAAGGCGCGAAAAGAAGCUGCUCUGCUACAAAUGAUGGGAGCUCUAGCGGAAGGUCAAAAUGAUAGCGAGAACGAGAUGGAGUUGGACGAGUCUCCCCUGUUGAAUGGGCUGACUAAGAACUCGAAAGCAAACAAGGGAAAGGGCAAGGCCGUGGCUGAAGAUUCGGAAGACGAGAGCCUUGGGGAGGACGACACCGAGGACUCGGUGGAUGGAAUGGAGGAGGUGGUUGUGUGUACUUUAGAUCCGGAAAAGAACUGCCAGCAGACUCUUGACUUGACAAUUGGGGAAGAUCAGACGGCAUACUUUAAAGUUUCUGGUACCCACACUAUCUACCUAACCGGUAACUACGUCGUCCCAGCCGACAGCGGUCAUAACCACGAGCACGAGCUGUACGAUGGCGAAGAUGAAGAAGAUGACUACGACAUGUCUCCAGAUGAAGAUGAGCUUGACGAUGACGAGGAGAGCGACGAGCUUGAUACUCUUGAGGACCCUCGAAUCACGGAAGUGGCAUCUGGAGACGAGGAGGAGCCGCCAAAACUCGUGAAGAAAGAUGAAGUUGCCAAGAAGGAGGAGCCGGCAAAGAAAGGCAAGAACAAGCGCGCUCGUGAGGAGUCUGGUGAUGAGAAGGAACCGCCUGUCAGCCUUGACGAGAUCAUGGCCAAAUCUCUCAAGCCAGCAGAGGUAACCGCUAAUGGAGAGACUAAGCUUAGCAAGAAGCAGCUCAAGAAGUUGAAGAACAAUGCAGGCAAGGCAGUCGAGGCAGCUGUUGAGAGUAAAGAGGUAAAGAAGGAGGAGGCCGCAGCCAAAGACAGCCCGCUGAAGGGGGACAAGAAGGUUCAAUUUGCGAAGAACCUGGAGCAGGGGCCUGCAAGCUCAGCUGACAUGCCUAAAAUGGACAGCAAAGACAAGACCAAGAGCGACUCGAAGAAAGAAGAAGGAAAGCCCAAAGCUAGCCUUGGUAUGAAGACAGUGCAAGGGGUCAAGAUUGAUGACAAGAAGUUGGGCACCGGGCCAGCUGCGAAGAAAGGUAGCAAGGUGGGCAUGAGGUACAUCGGGAAGCUCAAUGAUGGAAAGGUCUUUGACUCGAAUAAAAAGGGCAAGGUAUUCAGCUUCACCAUCGGAGAUGGCUCCGUCAUCAAAGGCUGGGACAUUGGUGUUGCCGGUAUGCAAGCAGGCGGUGAGCGUCGCAUCACCAUCCCAGCGGACCUCGCAUACGGGAAGAAGGGAGUGGCAGGGAUACCGGGUAAUGCGGAGCUCACCUUUGACCUGAGGCUGCUGGAGGUAAAUUGA